CCUAUUCAAUUUGUACGUACGCGAGAAGGUCCACUGGUAUUCACCGUAUUCACGCAUUAGCAAACAGCACACGACAGGCGCCUAGGCACGUAGUUCCAGCCAACUCGGGUCCAACUCCUCCGACCAUGGCGGAAAGUGGGACACCAGAGGACGAUCUGAGCGUGCCCCGCGCUGCGCUCAACAAGAUGAUCAAGGAGCUGCUGCCCUCGGUCCGUGUCUCCAACGACUCGCGAGAGCUGAUCAAUAACUGCUGCACGGAAUUCAUCCACCUGAUCUCGUCCGAAGCCAACGACAUGUGCAACAAGAGCCUGAAGAAGACAAUUUCUCCGGAACAUGUGUUAGCUGCCCUAGAUAGCUUGGGAUUCGGAGCCUACCUCGAAGACUGCAGAUCAGUUUUGGAAGAAUGUAAGACGGUCGCCGCUAAGAAGAGGCGCGCUAGUAACCGAUUAGAAAACCUGGGAAUACCAGUGGAGGAGUUGCUACGGCAACAAGAGGAAUUGUUUGCUCGGGCAAGAGAGGAACAAGCCGUGAUCGAGCAAGAAGAAUGGUCGCAGCUGCAAGCAGCACAGGCAGCGCAACAGCAACAACUUCUUCAACAACAGCAGCAGCAACAGGGCAACGGCCAUGUGCAACCGCCUGCGCCAGCAAACCAUGCCCAGGACAGUGCUACGUGAAUCUUCAAUAUGUAAAA